UGAGUCCUUCGAACGUCGACUUGGACAUCUUCGCCAUGCUCCCUCGUCCACGCCUCGCCCAGGCCACGGGCAGGCUCAACUUAGCUCGGUUUCUUGCUACUGUCGCACCAAAUGGCUCUCGAAGACCACAAACGGUCAUCGAAAAAGUCGUACAAAAGUACGCGGUCGGUCUCCCCGAUGGAAAGGUAGUCAAGGCAGGGGACUAUGUCAUGAUACGUCCAGAACAUGUCAUGACACACGACAACACCGGUCCUGUCAUCUCAAAAUUCAAGUCCAUAGGAGCAACGCGUAUCUCGAACCCGAAACAGACCGUGUUCACGCUCGACCAUGACGUGCAAAAUAAGUCUGACAAAAACCUGUCAAAGUACGCCAACAUCGAGGCGUUCGCAAGACAGCACGGCGUCGACUUCUACCCCGCUGGCCGUGGUAUUGGACAUCAGGUUCUCGUGGAAGAGGGGUAUGCCUUCCCCCAUACCCUUACUGUCGCCAGCGACAGUCACAGCAACAUGUACGGUGGUGUCGGCUGCGUUGGUACACCCAUCGUCCGUACGGAUGCUGCCGCCCUAUGGGCGACGGGCAAGACCUGGUGGCAGGUCCCCCGUAUGGUCAAGGUCGAGCUCCGCGGGAAGCUCGCACCAGGUGUCACGGGCAAGGAUAUCAUCGUCGCUCUCUGCGGUUCGUUCAAUCAGGAUGAGGUCUUAAACGCUGCCAUUGAGUUCACUGGCGAUGGUGUCUCGGGUUUGGCGGUGGAUGACCGGUUGACCAUCGCGAACAUGACUACGGAGUGGGGCGCUCUUGUCGGAGUCUUCCCCGUCGAUAACACUACUUUGGACUGGUAUGAGAAGACACUCAAGAAGCUUGAAUUCAGAACUUUUGCUUCGCCCUCAUCAUCGCUGCCUCCGGCACCCGAGCAUCCUCGCAUUAACCGACGCCGUUUGGACGCUCUCAAAGCGACGAACUUGACGUCUGAUGCCGAUGCUGAAUACUCGUCCCAUCUUGUCUUUGAUCUCUCGACUCUCGUCCCUCACGUUUCCGGCCCUAACAGUGUCAAGGUUUCCACGCCUCUGCCAACGCUGGAAGAGAGGCGUAUAGCAAUCCAGAAGGCAUACCUCGUCAGUUGCACCAAUUCGCGUGUGUCCGACAUUGCAGCUGCAGCGGAGGUCAUCAAGGGUAAAAAGGUUGCGCCCGGUGUCGAGUUCUAUGUUGCUGCCGCGAGCUCUGCUGUUCAGCAAGAGGCUGAGGCGCUUGGACACUGGGGUACUCUCAUUGCUGCCGGUGCUAAGCCCCUCCCAGCUGGCUGUGGCCCCUGCAUCGGUCUUGGUACCGGUCUUUUGGAGGAAGGCGAAACCGGCAUAAGUGCGACGAACCGCAACUACAAGGGUAGAAUGGGCCACCCCAAGGCUCUGGCCUAUCUCGCCAGCCCGGCCGUCGUCGCUGCCAGCGCUGCCAACGGAUACAUCUGCGGACCCGCCUCGCUCGAACCCGAGGCGCUGCCCCCCGCUCGUGCCCCGACGUUCUCGAUCGCGACAGACGAAUCGGCGGCUCAAGCCGUCCCCACCCAGGUGGCCGAGGAGCCGCUCUACCCCGGCUUCCCGGCGGCCUUUGCUGGGCGCAUGCUAUUUGCGCCGCAGGACAACCUGAAUACGGACGCGCUCUACCCGGGCAAGUACACGUACCAGGACGACAUCACGCUCGAGCGCCAGGCGGAGGUCGUGAUGGAGAACUACGACCCCGCUUUCGCGGCGCACGUCGCGGGCCUCCGCGCGGAACAGGGCGUCGUUCUUGUGUCGGGCUACAACUUUGGCACAGGGUCUUCGCGUGAGCAGGCCGCGACCGCGCUGAAGGCGGCGGGCAUCCCUGUGGUCAUUGCGGGCUCGUUUGGGGACAUUUUCAAGCGGAACGCGAUUAACAACGGUCUGGUGUGCCUCGAGUGCCCGGAGCUCGUCGCGGACCUGACUGACGCGUAUGCAAAGGGCGGCAGUCGCGGAGCUGGCGGGAAGGAGAGCGAGUUGACUGUGGACAAGGGUCACAAGAUAAGCAUUGGGAUGGUGGAUGGGCAGGUUGUGGUGACGAGCCUGCAGGGCGACGUGAAGAGUUAUAGGGUACGCCCCGUUGGUGCUAGCGUGCAGGAGCUCUGGGUGUGCGGGGGACUCGAGGGAUAUGUCCUCAAGUCCAUACAGGCGGAGGCGUAGAUUGCGUUUUAGAUUUAUCAUUGUAUACUUUGCUCUACCAGCUUAUGAUUUGUUGCACAAAACAAGCAGAAUCAGA